AUGAGUCGACCUGCAUCUCUCGCGCAAUACCAGCGCCACUCAGUCCACCUCAUGUCUAGGGUUCUCAAUGUCCGCGCCAAUACCUCACCCUUUACACUCGUCCUCGAUGACCUCAACCAGCGGGCACAUCCUUUUCUAACCGAGAUGAUGCGACGCGCACUAUCUCGGAAUGUCAAUGUUGUUGUCGUUGCUUUUGAAUCAUCACAUUUCAUGUCAGCUAUCCGCACCGUCCCCGGGUUUGGCGCCACCGGAGAGGAGAUCAUGCAUGGACUGCGCAAGGCCCUGAGUAGUACAAAAGAGAGCCUCGUCAUCAUCGACUCACUAUAUGAUGCGCUCAAUGGGAAAGGCAUCGAUAUGGGCAGGCUCUUCCAUAUGGUCGCUGGAGAGUUCGCGUCCACCCUUGUCGGUGUCUAUCAUCAAGAUAUGCUACCUGGCCAUAACGUGCGACCGGAGACUCCGUAUGCCCCCCAGGCACUCGAUCUGGUCACAUAUAUGGCGACUUCCGUCAUUACCUGCAAAUCUCUAGCUCACUGUCUCGCUGCCAAGGCAGCUAGAGAGCGCAGUCUGCCUGAGCCUACCCACGGUCUGCUUCAGGAAGCCGAAGGCAUCGUCCAAUGUCUCGACGCCAACGAUCGCCGUGGCAUCGUCCUUGAGGCCGAAUUUCGACGCAAAUCUGGCCGUUCUGAGGGCGAGACUUAUUUUCUCCGACCUGGCCGUCGCUCGGAUUAUCAAGCUCCCGUUGGUGGUUCGCCUUUCGGUACAAUCAAGCAAGAAUUCGUCAUUCUACUCGAUCAGCUUCCUGCAUACGCGAGCCAGGACACGAAAGCGUUUGCAAAUACCGCUGACAAUGAGAUGGAAUCGACGUUCAAUCUCGGCCUUACCGACAAGCAGAAGCAGGCGCGCGAAGGCAUCGUCCUUCCUUACUUUGAUGCUCAAAAGGGUGAGGGUGGUGAGGGUGGCCGUAUUCUAUACGACAUGGGCUCUGAGGAUGACUUUGAUGAGGAAGAGGAUGAAAUUUGA